CGGAGCGCACUGCCGGAGCGGCUGGAAGAGAGAGGGGGACAGAGGGAGAGAGACAUUUGUUUAGCACAGAGAGAGAAAGAGAGAGAGGGAGACAGAGACGCGUGUUUGAGCAGAGAAAAGCUCAGUUUGGAUGAGGAGCAGAGCGGAGAGGCUGCACGUUUAUUUUCUCCCGAUCAGCUUUUACGCACGCACACCGGUGCUGCCUCUUCCGAGAGAUCUCCGCCUGCGUCCCGGGCGCAGGAAACGGAACCGUUCAUUAUCCGGACUUUAUCAUCACAGAACAAUCGAUGGGACAACAUUUUCGUUUCUUUAAUCGCAGGUGUUUUCACCAAGUAGACUCGCCACUUGGAGAGUGAGCCACGGGAGAAGAUCUGGGAAUAUUUGAUCGAAACGAACAGGGAAAGACGCGUGGGACUUUUGUCUUUAUUUACCAAACUUAUUUUAGUAGAUUAUUUUCAUGGUUCCUGGUGUCUUCAAACAAGUGAUUUUUUACUUUGUUUGAAUUUUAUAAUAUCAGUCUCAGCUGUGUCAGGUCUGUAUUCCCACGCGCGUUUUGCCUGACACAUGGACCCGGUGCUGUCGACAUGGAUUUCGCGACUUUAAAGAUGUGUUUACCGGACGAACUGCGCUGACUCCAGGCCAGUUUCCCCGACAGAAGAAGUAGUGCCAUACAAACUGACACAUCCUACAAGAACAUUGCAGUUUUAACCACUUUGAUAUUGUUGGAGAGCACAGCCCGGCAUUUGGAGAGGAGUUUGGGCACCGGUCGUGUUGCGCGAUAAAUAGAAAACUGUGGGAAAGGAGACUGUAGGAUCACAAACUUCUCCCACAUUAAAACCACAGAAGAAGAUAAGAAGUGACUUUUUUCCGCAUUAGAGGAGAGAAGAUGGAUGUACUCAUAUGGCUCUGUGGAUGUUUACUGGCUUUUCUUUCGCCUCCAGUCAGAGCAGAAGAAGGAGCGUCUGAGCCAUGUGGCGGCUACUUAGACGCCAGCGAUGCCGGAUACAUCACCACACCUGGCUACCCGCUCGAGUACCCGCCCCACCAGAAUUGCCGCUGGGUCAUCACAGCCCCUGAGCCUUCGCAACGCAUUGUCCUCAACUUCAACCCGCACUUUGAGAUAGAGAAGCUGGACUGCAGGUAUGACUACGUAGAGAUCCACGAUGGAAACUCAGAGUCAGCAGACCUACUGGGGAAGCACUGCAGCAACAUCGCCCCCGCACCAAUCAUAUCCUCAGGCCCCUCGCUCCACAUCAAGUUCGUAUCGGACUAUGCCCACCAGGGGGCAGGCUUCUCGCUGCGCUACGAAAUCUUCAAAACUGGUUCAGACUGUUCCCGUAAUUUCACCAGCCCCUCGGGUCUCAUCGAGUCACCAGGCUUCCCCGACAAAUACCCCCACAACCUGGAGUGCUCCUUCAUCAUUGUUGUCCCUCCCAGCAUGGACGUCACCCUCAGCUUCCUCACCUUUGACCUGGAGAACGACCCCCUGCCAGGUGGAGAGGGGGACUGCAAAUACGACUGGCUUGAGGUCUGGGAUGGGCUCCCUGGAGUGGGCCCUCUGAUUGGCCGUUACUGUGGGACCAGGGUGCCUCCCGAGAUCCAAUCAUCUACUGGGAUUCUCUCACUGUCCUUCCACACUGACAUGGCUGUGGCUAAAGAUGGCUUCUCGGCCCGAUACAACAUGACGCACAAGGAAGUCAGUGAGACUUUCCACUGUAGUAAUGCCUUCGGAAUGGAGUCAGGAAAGAUCACCGACGACCAGAUCACGGCCUCGUCAAGUUUCUAUGAUGAACAGUGGCUGCCACGACAGGCCCGCCUCAACUACAACGACAAUGGAUGGACACCCAAUGAAGACAGCAACAGGGAGUACAUUCAGGUGGAUCUCCACACUCUGAAGGUGCUGACUGGUAUCGCCACACAGGGCGCCAUUUCGAAGGAAACUGAUAAGGCGUACCAUGUCACCACCUUCAAGCUCGAGGUUAGCACCAACGGAGAGGACUGGAUGGUCUACAGACAUGGCAAGAAUCACAAGGUUUUCCAUGCCAACGUGGAUGCCACAGAGGUGGUCCUCAAUCGGAUCCCGCAGCCGGUCCUGGCCCGCUUCGUACGAAUCCGACCUCAGACAUGGAACAACGGCAUAGCACUGCGCUUCGAGCUUUACGGCUGUCAGAUUACGGAUGCUCCGUGCUCAGAACUACAAGGCAUGUUGUCUGGGCUACUGCCUGACCCCCAGAUCUCUGCAUCCUCCAUGAGGGACAUCCACGGCUCCAUGGGUGCAGCCCGACUAGUAGCCAGUCGGUCUGGCUGGUUCCCCAACCCAACACAACCCAUAGCUGGAGAAGAGUGGCUACAGGUGGACCUGGGUGUGCCCAAGAUGGUGCGAGGCAUUAUUACCCAGGGUGCAAGAGGGCUGCAGGGCAGCACCAGUGCUGAGAACAGAGCAUUUGUCAGGAAGUACAAACUGGCACACAGCUUGACGGGCAAAGACUGGACUUACAUCACUGACAGCAAGACUGGGUUUGCCAAGAUUUUCGAAGGGAACGGCCACUACGAUACUCCAGAGGUGCGGAGGUUUGAUGAGAUAGUGGCCCAGUACAUCAGAGUCUUUCCGGAGAGGUGGUCGCCCGCUGGGAUCGGCAUGAGGAUGGAGGUCCUCGGCUGUGACCUGCUAGAAACCACCACUGUAUCUGACACAAUGACCCCCACUGUGCCCAGAGUGGAAAUGACAACCGCUGCAAUGAGACCUGCAACUACUCCAUCCCUGUCGGCUGUCUGUGACUUUGAGCAGAGCUUGUGCGGCUGGUCAGCUGAUCCUCAGUCAGGUGUGAGCUGGUCCCUGCACACAGCCAGCAGCAGUUCAACGGGACACGGCACACACGAGACCAGGCAGGAUCUGGCACUGGGAUCAGACAAUUUUUCAGGGAACUACCUCCACAUGGAUGCCGGCGCCCACACCCAGCGCAAGCGAGGGCGGCUGCUUAGCCCCGAGGUGGGCCCAGAGCGAGGCCAGCUCUGCCUUCUCUUCUACUACCAACUCCAGGGGGAGGCGCAGGGGAGCCUGAGGGUCCUGCUGAGGGACAGCGACCAGGAGGAGACGCUGCUGUGGGCACUUAAGGGAGACCAGGGGCCACACUGGAGGGAGGGCCGCACCGUCCUGCCCCAGAGCCCCAAAGAGUAUCAAGUGGUGUUUGAAGGUUUUUUCGAUCACCCGACCAGAGGCCACAUCAGAAUAGACAACAUCCACAUGAGCAGCAGCAUUGAGGAGGAGCAUUGCACACAGCCUUUCCCUGCCUUAACUCCUGGAAUAAACAACCCCAGGCCCAUGGAUUUCGGAAAGGAUCCUGUUUACAACGGCAAGCACCCAAUCGAUGGCGACUACCUCUUCCCAGGGUGGCCAUCCUCCUUUUCCACCCCCUCCUCCUCUGACAUGGACCCUCCCUCCGUCACCCUGGUGUCGGAGAAGGAUAAGGACAAUGCCUGGCUGUACACACUGGACCCCAUCCUUCUUACCAUCAUAGUGAUGAGCUCCCUAGGCGUCCUGCUGGGUGCCAUUUGUGCUGGGCUGCUCCUCUACUGUACGUGCUCCUACAGCGGGCUCUCCUCGCGCUCCUCUACGACACUGGAGAACUACAACUUCGAGCUGUACGACGGUAUCAAGCAUAAAGUAAAAAUAAACCAGCAGAGGUGCUGCUCAGAGGCAUGAAUAGAGGGAGGACAACUUCGGAGAAAGAUGGGGAAAGACGUGUUCCAUGAUCCCCUGCAAAAAUCAUUUAGUUCGCAGUUUGGACUAAGAAAACACAAAAAAGAAGCACUACCUGCUAUUUCAAUCCCCAGAGUCCCCCUCUUGAUACCUCCUCUCUCUGAUGUCUAAAGGGGUAACGUUCAACCCAGAAUUUCCCCACCUUCUUGUGUGCCGGGGGAACUUGUGAUGUUGAUUUCCCCUACAUACUAUGAGGCCUCAACUAUGGGAACAUCUGACCCCACUCCUCCUCUACUUACAGCACCAUAUCUCCUACGCCUGCAGGAGAGAGCCUGCUUGAUUCUAAAAGCCUGUGAAUGAAUGAAGGAAUGAAUAAAUGAAUAUGAAUGAAUAUAACCCACAAGCCACUGGAAUUAAGCUGAGAAAGGAGAAGGACCAGAGCACCCAUGACAAUCUGGACAUUUGGACCACAGAUGACAGCACAGUCAAGGGUGAAAAUAUUGGUGACGAGAUUCUUCGUGAAUUUGACCUUCGGCUGGUACUCUGCUCAGAUUCCGAGCUUUUGAAUGUGUCGAAUAAAGACUCAAUCAAAAAAUGUAAAAGUUCCAGCCUCUGACUGUUGGCAAAGACUUUCAGCACCAGUGGACCGUUUAACAUGGGUACUUUUGACUGAAAUCAACACAUAUCAAGUGAAUGCCUACCCCCCCCUAAAGAAGUAUAAAAAGAUAUCAAAACACAACUGUAAUGAAUCUAGAUUUCUAACGUUGAAGAAGGAAAAGAGGAUAAAAAGGACAUUUUCUUUUUUUUAAAUUUUGUUUCUGAAAGUUUUCUAUAUAUGAGUUCUGUGAGUUUCAAACGUCCAUUAGCCUGCUGUACGGCACACGCUCGCUCCUUUGUCUGCCCUCGGUCUGCGCUUUGUGAAACCAGUGGCAUAGAAGAGUAAUGGUGACUGUUUUGUUUUAGACUUGUGUCUGUUUUGGGAGAUAAAAGGUUAAGAAAAGUCAGCUUCAGUUCGUAACCGCCCUGUAGAGCUCUUAUGUCAUUUUUAGACUUACUUUAUCGUUGUGUUGGACUUCAUGGUCUUAACUGUUUCUUCAGUCCUUUUCUAUUUUGGCACAUUUUCCAUUACAGAUUAUGAGUCUUUAAGAAUAGAGAAAAGGUCAAAUAAGAAGGAGGACAGUAACUUAGAGGUUUAUCUAAAUCUAACAUGCUGUUAUGGAGUUGUGCUUUAGAUUCAGUAUUCAGUCUUUGGUAUAUAUCUAUAUUUUUUGCUUUCCAGACUGUAUGAUGCCCAAAUGAUGGACAGACACUGUGUGAACAAAAUGUCAGUGAUUGUUUUACUGCAACCUAUGGAUUGCCAAAGAGCUUGUAUGUGCACAUGGGGUCUGAACAAGUGUUAGAAAGAGGCUGGGUGGAAAACAGACUGAUCAAUGACCCUGCCUUUUAUCCACCUCUCUUAAUGUCACCCCGUGAAUGAAGGACGUCCAAAAAUGGGAGGAAGGAAGGAAAGAAACAGUGACUAAAGGAGGAGAAUGGAAAUUGUACCGUCGACUUUCUUGGACACACAAUUGAGCCUUAAGCUAACUACAGUAUACGCUGUAUCGGAGGACAGCCAUUGAGGAGGGCCAGUGCUGCUGGAGAGACUGAUGAACAGCAGGAGAAUCACACACAAACACACACACACACACACACUCACACAGAAAGAUAGACAGUCAGAAAGAAAGAGAGAGAGACAGAAAGGGGACUAAAAGAAAAGUCAACUAAAACUUCUGGAAAGAUCAUGGUUCUAAUUAAAAAGGAAAAGUCUAUAUAGCCUACUGAUUUAAAGUGAAAACUUCUGGCAAUAUACUUGAUUGCUUUGUGCAUCGAGCCAUCCAUCCUGACCUGUAGAGUAUUUAUGCCACACUAUUUGUUGCUAGUUGAAUGACAGUUGCAAAUUAGCUCUAGUUGAAUUAAUGGGAGACUUUUGCACUACGGGCCACAUGGCAACACAAAACAUAGCAAGAAAAGAGUCAAACAUUUCAAACUUGUUCCUUUGCCUGGAGCCCCCACUAUUUCUUUUUGUCUUUCUCUCAUCUUUCCUCUCUUUUCCUGUCAAGGGCAUGUAUGGAUAUGGAGGAAGUUGAAAGGUGUUCAGAGGAGAGAUGGAGGGAGGGAAACAGUGGAGAGAGAGAGAGAUGGAAGGUUUUCUGUCCAUCUAACUGUGUUUUCAUUGGACUUUUUUCCAAGUGCCUUGGAGCUCUCUUAAUAUGUCUCUCUAUCUCUCUCUCACUAUUUCUCUCUCUUUUUUAAUCUGUCCCCAAACACACACACACACGAAACAGUCAAUGCAGAUCAGUGAGUACAUUGUGAGACACACAAUCAUCCACUGCACACAACACACCUCACUAACUCUCUCUCUCUCGAUUUUAACUUUUUCCCUCUGGACGUCCAGUUAGUAUUACCUCUUCUGUCUCGAUGGAUUCUCACACACUCAUACACACACAUGCACCCUACAUUAAGACAUAACUGCGGCACUGGCCAGAUAACUCAAACUGUUGUUUGUAGACUUUGUACAGAAGAAUUUCUUUUUUAAUGUUAUUAUUAUUAUUUAAUA